GCAUCCGUCCAGCUCACCCAGUGCAGUGGUAGAGACGUCAGUGGAGGCCACACCUGCACCUGAGCAAAUCUGAGCAGCACCUGGGCAGGGAGCUGAGAACAUCUCCACACUGGGAACCUGUGGUGGGCUGAAACCCCCAGAACAUGGACCGAGUGACCAGAUACCCCAUCUUCAGCAUCCCUCACUCACCAGGCAAGGCCGGCCUGGCCCUUAAUGGGAACACCAGCUACACAUUCCAGCUGGUGGGUGUGGAGCCCUCGGCCAGCAGCUGGGACCAGGACAAGCCUAUAGUGCAGACAGCUAAUCGCAAGGCCCAGCUGGAUAUGCUGAGGACAGGGGCACUUUGUAGCCGGUGCGCAUGCCCCUGCCAGCAGUCCCUGCAGCUGGAGGACGAUGAGGAUGAGGCAAAGGGCUACCAUCUGGACACAAGGGGUGCCCUGCCCAGGCAGCCACAGGACCUGGAGAAGGAGCGCUGGGCAGUCAUCCAGGGCCAGGCAGUGAGGAAGAGUGGCACAGUGGCCACACUUCGUGGCACCCUUGACCACGGGGACCCCGGGACCCCUAGACAGUCUCAGUUCACGGACCUGGAGGACAAUGUGAUUGACAGGGAGCAGAUCGACUUCCUGGCGGCAAGGCAGCAGUUCCUGAGCCUGGAGCAGGCAAAUGCAGGGGUCCCUCAGAGUCUCCCAGCCAGGGCGGGCCCAGCAUGUACCCCACCCAGGGUCAGCCAGACCUCCAAGACCUUAAACAAUCCACCCCUGUCCAAUGGGUAUGUUGUCUCAGUCAAGCCCCAGGUGAAGGUGGUCAUACAAGAGAAGAGGGCCCGUGGUUUGUCCACUGGGUCUGGUAUCCAAGCUAUGGGCAGCCCUGGCUUCCAGUCCCAAGCAGAAUCACUGGAGGCCCCCAAGGAAACACCCAUCGAGCGGGAGAUCCGACUGGCCCAGGAGCGCGAGGAAGCUCUGCGUGAGGAAAGGGGGCUGCAGCGGGCGGUGAGCCACCAGGAGCUGGUGGAGAUACCCACCCGGCCUCUGCUGACCAAGGUGAGCCUGACCACGGCCCCGCGGCGGGACAGGGGGCGCCCGUCCCUCUACGUGCAGCGUGACAUGGUACAGGAGACUCAGCGUGAAGAGGACCACCGGCGGGAGGGCCUGCAGAUGGGCUGGGUGUCCACGCCCACCAGGAUCUCGAAGGACCCCCAGCCUGGACUCAGGAGAGCAGUUAGCUCAGACUCCAUCCUCGGCCUGGCCGCAGACACCAGGGCAGCCAGCCCCGCCCCAGAGCUGAGGAAGGUGAACCGCAUUCCAGCUGACGCUUACCAGCCUUACUUGAGCUCUGGGGCCCCCCAGCAAAAUUUCUCAGCUUUCCACGCUUACGGCAAGCCUAGUGGUCUCUCUGCAGAUGCAGCCAAGGCGGUGGCCUCGCCAAAGGCCACAGGAUCUCAGAGGCAUCUCUUGGAAUCUUCUGGAAAACCCUCAGGCACAAAGCAGGAGCUCCAGAAGCCCCCCAGGGGACCCCCACCAGCUAGUGGGGGUGUCGUGCGAAGGGAGUACUUUCGCCUGCGUCCCCUGAGGUUCAGGGUUCCAGACGUGCCCCAGAAAGCUGAGGUCCCUAGAACCUGGGGCUGGGAAGAGGCUGGAGCCCCGAGGUUGAGGCUACAAAGGUCCCAGUCCUCUGAGCUGCUGGAGAAGGAGAUGGAGAAUGUCCUGAAGCGGGAGCGAGAGGUGGCCGAGGAGCGACGCAACGCUCUCUUCCCAGAGGUCUUCGAGCAGCCGGGCUGUGACAGAGACUCCAGGAGCUCCUCCCAGGCAUCAGGCAUCGAGGGCAGCUAUUCGGUGUCCGAGUCGCACUUCUUCACCCCUAUCCACCGCUUGCACUCGGGCCUGGUGUGGAAGGCAGAGGCCCCUGCUGAGGCUGCUCCUGGGCAGAGGAAGAAGGAGCAGUGGUAUGCUGGCAUCAACCCCUCGGACCAUGUCAACUCCCAGGUUCUGGAAGCCACUCGGGUGCCCCGCCACAAGAGUACCAAGGCGGAACUCUGGGAGGCUGGCAUCUAUGCCAGUGAGGACGAAGACUGAGCCUGGAGACGGGGCACCCUGACCCUGUGGGAACCGCCAAGACCAUCACUGAGCCACCCCCCCACACACACACUUUAGGGAACAGGUCCCCAUUUAAGCACAAUCCGAGAACCACAAAUGGCAAGCCGACAACCCUGAGGGUGGCUGUGCCUUUGGACUUGAGGGCUUUCUUGCUUUUAUUUUCCUAGAGAAAUUGUUCUGCUUUUUCUGGGUCUAGAGCUGGGGCUAAAACGGGACCUCUAUGAAUUCUUUCUGUUUCUAGGACUUUGCCAAAUACUCUUGUGUCCAAGGAGGAUGGAGACUAGCUCCCCUCCCCCACUCCAAUUGUCAUCAUUCCGGCCGGUCUGAGGGCAGAGGGGCUGGCUGGAGGAAGGCAUGGGUCCUAGAAACUUAAAAAGCCCCAGGUCUGAGGGGAGAGGCAUUUGCCCCUCCCCAAGGCCCCGUCUGAGAAGGGGGACGUGCUGCUCCAGCCCUGGGAAACCUUCCAGUCUGAGGGAGGAAACCUGAGCGCCCCAUCUGAGGGCCUUCUCCCAGCCAAGGAGUCUCCUCCACGGCGCACCAGCAAAGCCCUGCCUGACGUGAUAGGGUCCCACGGGGACAGCAUCUGACCUGGCUGAGGAAAGGGCUUGAUUUGUGGGCUGAAAGGGGUCCUUCUGCUCUCUGCCACAACCUGCUUGUUCGCGUCCACCAUGAAAUAAACCCCCUCUGCUUCUGGUUCA